AUAAAGCAGGUUUGCCGCGCCGGCCACCGGAAGCGGGUUCGAGCGUGUCGGCGCCGGCAGCCCGCUUCAACCCGCUUUCCUGUUCGCUCGGAUCAUUCUUGCCUGCUCAACCCGCGCGGGUGGACGCUGUUGGACAGAGAGCAGGAUGGAUGUUGAGCUCCUGAUAGCCAAAGUUUACGAGAGACAGCCAGUGUGGAACAAAUGGAACAAGCACCACGCCAACAGGAAUGUGGUGGAUAGGCUGUGGGCUGAAAUCAGCCAGGAAUUGAAGUGUGAAGAGACACUGGUUAAAAAAAAGUGGAAAUAUCUUCGAGACCAAUUUGCUGUUGAGCUUGGGAAAAUUCCACCAGCUCGAUCAGGUGAUGCCGCAGAUGACACUCCCACAUCAAAGUGGCAGUAUUUCAAGUUACUGCAUUUUCUAAAAGGCGUCGUGAAAGCAAGAGCCUCAAGUGGAAAUUUAUCAGGUGUGACAACCAGUGAUAUUGUUGUAACCUCAUUACCAGAAUCACCUCAAGUAGAAUACCAAAUAGGUACCACGGAGCACCCCUUGGCUACGGAGGGUGUGUCAGCCUCUUCAUCUCACACCAAAGACACACCUGAACGCGAAGACGAAGUUAUGGAAAAGCAAUGGCUCACUCCACCUGCCUCCCGUCCGAAGAAAAGGGGAGCCAUCAAACGUUUUAAAAGAAAUACCUACAACCAGAGCAUCUUGGAUAUUGAACAACGAAAAAUUCAGUACUUGAAAGAAAAAAUAAAUCGCAUGCAAGACAAAGAUGAUGACGAGGAUCUGAUGUUCUUCAAGAGUUUGUUGCCUCAUGUCAAAAUGAUUCCCGCGGCGCAGAAGCUGAUAUUUAGAAGCCGCCUGCAGGAACUUGUACAGCAAUUUGCAUAUCCAGUACCUGCCACAUCUCCCCUUCCAGAUACCAAUGGUUCCUCUCCAGCAGCUUCUGCUUGUACUCCACAGGUGUCUCCUUAAUCUUGUGCCUACUCUCCUAUAGUCUCAAUUUUAUGCCACAGAUAUGACCACGACCUGUGUAGUACAAUAACUGUCUUACUAUUACACAUGUCUGUACUAGGAGAAAUGCUUAUGUAAUUGCUUUAUUAGGAUUAAUAUCUGUAUAUUUACUUUGUUAUAUUUAUCAGUCAUAUACAAUAUAAACUGUCAUGUUCAA